AUGUUCGCAGUCAAAGGCUGGUCGGUCGACAAUUCGACGCUGAAGCCUCAACUAGAGGUCUUCAGCAAGGCUACAAAUGCAAAAGAGCCUGCCGCGCCGGGAGAAGGCAAGAAGAGGAAGCGGAAGCGCAAUGAAGCCCCAGCAGCGCAGACGGAGCAAGAUGUGGGCAAGUUGUGGGAGCAGCAUAUCGAGGGCAAGGAUCCGUUGAAGGCGAAGAAGAAAUUGGAGAAGGCGAAGAAGAGGCAGAAGCUUGAUCAGCCGAAGGAGGCUGCUCAAACACAUGGAGUGGUGGCAAAGGCACCCGAGGUCACAUCGCAGCAGGAUGGAGUGAAGAAGAUGAAGAAGGACAAAAAGUCUAAGAAGUCUGGCCAGCCACCUACCGAGAAAAAUGCAGCACCAAGUGGCGAACAGGCCAAUGCUGUGGUAAAAGCAGCACCGCCACCAAUACCACAACUCCCCGCUACAGCAAAACUCACCCCCAUGCAAGCCGCCAUGCGCCAAAAGCUCGUCUCAGCCCGUUUCCGCCAUCUGAACCAAACACUCUACACCGCCCCCUCCGCUACAGCGCUCUCGCUCUUCGACCAAAACCCAGAAAUGUUCGAGGACUACCAUGCCGGAUUCCGGCAACAAGUCGAGGUCUGGCCGGAGAAUCCACUGGACAAUUUCGUCGCUACGGUACGGACUCGAGGUGCUGUCAAACCUCCACGCUAUCAUGAGAAGAAGGGAGGGAAAGGCCGCGCCCCCCCUGCACCAGAAGUCAAUGCAGAGGAAGCGGGCAAACCGACUGUCUUACCCCGAACCCAUGGUACAGCCAUCCUAGCCGAUCUCGGUUGUGGCGAUGCCCGCCUGGCGCAAACCCUCAGUGACUCGAACGAUCUCAGCACCCUGACUCUCAAAAUCCACUCCUUCGACUUGCAUAGUCCUUCCCCACUAGUGACAAAAGCCGAUAUUGCCAACCUGCCCCUCGGAGACGGAAGCAUAGACGUCGCAAUCUUCUGCCUCGCACUCAUGGGCACGAACUGGAUUUCUUUCAUCGAGGAGGCUUAUAGAGUGUUGCACUGGAAAGGCGAGCUGUGGAUCGCGGAGAUCAAAUCAAGAUUCGGUAGGGUGGGUAAGGGUGGUAAAGUGGUGGAGCAUAGUGUCGGUAGUAAGAGGAAGGCGGCUGUGAUGAAGAAAGCUGCUGAGGCGAAGGCGAAGGUAGAUGAGGAAGUGGACGAGCAGUCCCUCCUCCGCACUGAAGUUGAUGGGCAGGAAGUCGUCAAGCAAGAAGAAACGGACGUGACGGCUUUCGUGGAGGUUCUGAAGCGGAGGGGUUUUGUGCUGAAGGAUGGGGAGAGGUCGGUGGAUCUGGGCAAUAAGAUGUUUGUUAAGAUGGAAUUCGUUAAGGCUGCUGUGCCGACGAGGGGAAAACGUGUUGCGGAUGCUGAGAGGGAGAGGGAGAGGAUGGGUGGUGGUGUUCCGGCGCAGGAGAAGUUCAAGAAGAAGAAGUUUUUGGCGGAGGAGGGGAAAGAGGGGGAGGAGGUAGUGGUUAUGAACAUGAACAAACACUAG